GUCCCUCCCUUGUCCCAGCAGCAAGUUUAUUAAAUAUAGUAGUAGCUGAAACCUCAAUUGGAAACAGACAGCCUCUGUUUCUAACGCCUGACUCACCCACUUGAUCCUCCUCGGGGUGAGAGGAAUGAUCUGAAGCCACCGGCCAGAGUUGUAGGCAAUAUCAUGGCAUCUAGACUUCCUCGAGGGACCUGGGCUUGCUGGCCAAUCUUCCAACUUCUGCUGCAUCUUCUUCCUAUCUACGCCGAUCCAGCAUCCGGAGUGUCUUUUUUUGGAGAUGACCAUGUGGAGAUCCCCUUGGUCCACACCUACAGCACCAUCCAUCUUCACGUGCAGUUCCUCACCGGCUAUCACAGUGCCCUUCUCUUCUUGGCUGCUGGGCAAAAGGACUAUCUUCUUCUAGAGCUCCGUGCUGGAGCCCUGCAGGCCACAAUGGACCUGGGCUCAGGAGAACUGUCUGUCAGGUCCCCAGCAGAACUACAACUCAACAACCUUGUGACUCAUGAUGUUGAUCUUCUGGUGACGGAUGGCAAGAUGAUCUUGAUUGUGGAUGGGCUCUUUAAUGCUUCCACAGAAAUUCCAGAGCCUCUUCGAGAAUUGGACAUUGAUUAUGGGCUCUAUGUGGCAGGUACAGGAAACCUGGAAUUGCCGUACCUCACUGGAGUGAGUUUGUCAUUCCGGGGCUGUCUCCAUACUCUGACAUUUAAUGAUCGUGAUGUCCUCACUGCGCUGGCAACUGCCACUGGUGUCAAAGCAACUCGUGGCAUCCAUGAGGGAUGCAGUGAAGAAUUCUCUGCUGGCCCCGAGGUUCCUUUGGGCUUCCUAGGAUCAAACUCUUACAUCACGUUUCCUGGUUGGAAUGCAAGGAACGAAGGAACCAUAGAGUUUGUGAUCACCACAGGUGUCAAACAGGCCCCUCUGUUUUACCAAUCGGGGCUGGAAAAGGAUUUCUUCUACCUGGAAAUCUUUGACGGACACUUAAGAGGUGUGGUGGAGAAAGGGAAUGGCCUGGUACUGCUUCACAACAACAUCUACCUCAGCAACGAGCAGGAUCACUAUGUCAAGGUCUACAUGGACAAUCGAAAAUUUGAGAUCCUGGUUGACUAUUAUGUCUCACAGACUUCUAGCAAGGAGAUCCAUAGCCACUUUGACCUUCAAGGACCUCUUUUUCUCGGCGGUCUGAAUGAGAAGGCUGCCGGCAGAAUGAAAGACCGUGGACUGGGCUUUACAUCUGCAAAGAGCUUCUUCAAUAACUCCUUUGUGGGUUGCAUAGAGGACUUGAGGAUUAAUGAGGAAAGGAUGAGCCUGAGAGAUGCUCUUGUGACGAAAGACGUAAGCGCUGGCUGUGGAAAGUCAGAUCAGUACUUGGAUUAUGAUAGUGUUUAUGAACAGGAUGAAGCCACCACAAGCUCCCCUCUUGACAGUUGGCAGGGCCCUGUUAUGGAGCCCUGUCGCCCAGAUCCUAGCUUGCCCCCAGUCUUCACUAACUUCACCAAACUCUUGCACGUCAGUCCCCUGGUAGUUGCUGAAGGAGGCACGGCUUUUUUGGAGUGGUGGCACACUCAGCCGACCAUUGACCUCAACCGUGCAAACAUCAGGCAAUCUCAAGUCCUCUUCAGUGUCACUACGGACCCAAGACAUGGGCAGCUGGAAUUAAACCUCUCCAAAGUCAGGAGCAGAGGCAAGUUCACUCUCUUGGACAUUGUGAAUCGGAAGGUCAAGUAUGUUCAUGAUGGUUCUGAGGGCCCCAUGGAUCAGCUGCUCUUGGAGGUCACUGUGACUGCCAGAGAAGAUAUUCCAGAGUGCUUGUGGCAAGGCCAAAUAUAUUUGCUCCCCAUUAAGAUCAACCCAGCCAAUGAUGCUCCUGAAGUGGUUUUCCCACAUGGAGAUUCCAUGGUCAUCCUGGAACACACACGCAAACAUCUCAACCCAGCCAUCUUUCAAGCCCAUGAUGACGAUACCCCCUGUGACAGCUUGCGAUUCCAAGUGGUUGGUGGGAAGAGAAUGGAAGAAGGAUAUCUGGAGUACGACUUCCAUCCUGGAGUCCCAAUUGAAGAGUUUUCCUGCAGAGAUCUGGAAGCAGGCCAGGUGGUCUAUGUCCAUCAAGAUGGGCCUGUAUCCACCCUUACCAUCCAAGUGAACGAUGGCAUGGUGAUGAGCCCGGUGGCCACCUUGAGGAUAGAUGCAGUGGAGCCAGAUAUCCAGAUCCACAAUAACACAGGACUCUUUGUCCUACAAGGGGACAGCAUUUCAAUAACCAAAGCCAACCUUUCUGUGGUUCUUAAUGCCGUCCAGCAAAAAGUACCUGUGUUGUAUCACUUGGUCUCUCCUCUUCAGUAUGGUGAGAUCCAGAAGCAAGGAGGGAUGAGUGGAGAGUGGAAGAAAACAGAAUCUUUUUACCAGCAGGAUAUUGAUCAAGGACGCAUCCGGUACGCUAGCACAGAUGAUGAACAUCGAGCAGAAGACAUGAUUGAGAAGCUUCAGUUCACCAUCCAGGUAGGCCAGAAGAUCCUGAAAAACAACACCUUCCCCAUCAGAAUUCAAAAGGCUGCCAUCAGGAUGAAAACUAUGGUCCCCCUCCAGAUGAAACAUGAGAAAGAGAAAAACAUCACAUCUGCUGAACUGGAGGCAGCUUUGGAUGAACCAGGUUCUGAGCAAGUGACUUUCCACUAUGUGAUCCUUCAGCCACCCAAAAAGGGAAAUCUUGAACUUCGAGGCACCAGGCUGGCUGAGGGCUUGAGUUUUACCCAGGAGGAUUUACAGAGAGGACAACUGAGUUACAUUGCAACUGUUAGAGACUCCAAGGAAACAGAAGACCUUUUCCAGUUCCGGGUCAUGGCUAAACCCUAUUAUUCCCCUGUAUAUUUUUACAAAUUAGAAAUAGGGGGGGAUCCAGAUACUCCUGUCUUAACCAAUGUCCUUUUGUCCGUUUUAGAAGGAGGACAGGCCAUCAUUACCAAGGACUAUUUGUUUGUCAAGAGUGCCAACAGCAUGAACUACAUGUAUGAGGUGAUAGAUGGUCCUACACAUGGGAAACUUAUCUGGAGGACCUCUGAGCCUGGAUCAACCAGGAAAGAGAUGAUAACAACAUUCACAAAUGAAGACAUCCUACAAGGUCGCCUUGUCUACCAGCAUGAUGAUUCUGAGACUCUAGAAGACGACAUCCCAUUUGUAGCCAUCAAGCAGGAGGAAGGAAGCUUUGACUCAGAGACUGAGGAGGUGAGAGGUGUCUUCAGGGUCUCCAUUCAGCCCGUCAACGACCACACCCCAGUUCAGGUGGUCAACAAGGUCUUCAACGUGGUGCGUAAAGGGCAACGCCUGAUGACUACAGAAGACAUAGCCUUUAUCGAUGAAGAUUCAGGUUUUUCAGAUGUCCAGCUAGUGUUGGUAAGAAAAGAUAUUCUUUUCGGUAGCAUCAUUGCCGCAGAUGAUAGAAAUAGCCAGCUCUAUCGCUUCACCCAAGAUGACUUGAGGAAGAAAAAAAUCCUCUUUGUCCACUCAGGAGCUGACCGAGGCUGGAUUCAGUUCCAGGUUUCUGAUGGUCUUCACCAGAUCACAACACUUCUGGAAGUGCAAGCUUCAGACCCUUACCUCAAGAUCAACCAUACUGGCUUAGUCAUUCACCAAGGUGGCCAAGAAGCCAUUGACACCUCUGUCCUCAGGUUGGAAACCAACAUAGACAUCAGGAACGACCAGGACAUUCUCUUCCGUAUCUUGGCCCCACCCAUGUCAGGAAUGUUGCUACGAGAUGGCCAGGAAGUCUCGUCUUUUACCAAAAAGGACCUUCUGGCAGGAGAUAUUAUUUACCAUCACAACGGGAGCAGAAAGUCCCAGGAUGCUAUUCAUUUUUCUGUUGAAGCAAAUCAGGUGUCUGUGGAAGAGACACUGAAGGUUACCAUAUUAGCAGAUUCCCAUCUUGACCCACUAAAUCUUGUCCACAACGAGAAGAUACAUGUCCUCCAAGGAGAAGCGAUGGCGAUUAAAAAUGACUACUUGCUGGUUGAGCAUGAUGAAAUUGAACCCCAAAACAUCAUCUAUACAAUCAUCAACUCUCCCAACUCAGGGUUUCUGGUGGCUUUGUCUCAAAACCAUGCUUCGGAUGAACCUCCAAGCCUGGAUCCCAUCCAGACCUUCACCCAGGAAGAUGUAGAUGAAGGCAAAGUUCUCUUUCUCCAUUCCAGCCCCGAGAUUCAGAGGGAUCAGUUCAUGGUUGAUGUUACCGCUGAUGGCGUAGAUGCUCUGAACGGGGUAGUAGUAGACCUGGAGAUUCUUCCAAUUUCAGUUCCUCUGGAGGUUCACAAUUUCACAGUGACUGAAGGCCACAGCCAAGUGCUUUCCAUGGACAUUCUGAAUAUUCCCAGCACUUACUCCUCAUCUUUCGACGUAGAAUUUGCGGUUGUUGAGAUACCAGAGCAUGGCAUCUUCCGGAAUAUGGAAAGACCUGAAGCAGGCAGCUUAAAUGUUUUCUCCUGGUAUGAGGUAGAGAAUCAGCUCAUCAAGUAUGUGCAUGAUGGAAGUGAGUCCUUGACUGACAGAUUCACAAUCAUUGCCAAUGUUUCUGAAGUUAAUCAACAGAGUCAACCCAAGACCAUCUCCAUUAGCAUCUCUCCAGUCAAUGAUGAGGCACCGGUGCUAAUGAUCAACACAGAACUGCAGAUUGAAGAAGGCGGUGCUGCUGAGAUUACCCCGGAGAUGCUCCAAAGUGAAGAUGAAGACACCCCUCUAGAAGAAGUCAUCUAUUCCAUCAGGACCCCAGUCAAUGGGAAGGUGGUCUUGAAAUCAUCACCUGACAGUCCAAUCCAGCGGUUCACCCAGGCCCAGAUAAGCAGCCAUCUUGUUCAGUUCAUCCAUGAAGGACCUCUGGAGGGCGGGUUUUCCUUUGAUCUAUCUGAUGGUGAGAACAUGUCUCCUGGACACUUUUUUGCUGUGAAAGCCCAAAAGAAACUUGUCAUCACUUUGGAAAAUAAGCAAGAUCUGAUGGUGUGCCCAGGUUCUUCUGAGCCAAUCAGAAGUCAGAACCUGAAAGCAGUGACCAAUCAAGGAGAAGCUGAAAAGUCUUUACUUUACAUCAUACGACAACCUCCACAGUUUGGCAAGCUGUUGAAUAGCCAGAGGAACAACGGAGAUGAGCUGAGAAAUUUCACCCAAGCUGAGGUAGAUGCUGGGGUGAUUGCAUACCAACAUGAUAUGCCGCCAGAACCUUUUUGGAUCCGUGAGGAUAAUUUUCACUUCCAAAUUUCUUCUCCGUCGGGGACCACAGACCUAUUUGUUCUUGGCGUGAUGAUAUCGUUCGAGGCCAGCUGUCCUCAGGGCUCCUCUCAGCUGUGGAGAAAUAAAGGCCUCACUGUCUCAGAAGCUCAAAGUGCAGCCAUCGACAUCUCAUUACUUGAUGCCUCCAACCUUCUUACCAAGGAACUGGAACCAACGAGAGCCUCCUAUGAUGUGGUCUUUCUGGUGACCAAAUUGCCCAUGUAUGGGGCCCUUUCUCUUCCAGAUGGUCGAGUUAAUAACAGACACCCCUAUUUUCUGCAAUCUGACCUUGCUGCAGGUGGACUGGAAUAUUCUCACAACGGUCCUGGAUUCCUGGAUGAUUAUUUCAGAUUUGAUGCUUGGCUCCGGCACAACACGGUGAAAUCUAUUCAGCCCCCACAAAACGGAGAGGAAGUGGUUAUUUCUGGGUUGUUCAACAUCACAGUGAAAGACAGUAAUGAGAUGCCACCAAAGCUAGUCACCCAAGGAAAAGUCUUACAAGUUCUCCAAGGUUCCUCCAUCAUGAUCUCCCAAGAACAUUUGAAUGUCAUAGAUCCAGACAGUUUCCCUGAAGAAAUCCAAUUCAACAUUAGUUCUGAAUCUUCAACUGGAUUUAUUGCUAAGGCCCAUAAUACAUCCGUAGUUAUAACCCAGUUCACACAAGCAGACAUCAAUGCAGGGCACCUGGUGUUUGUUGCCAAUAGAACAAGUUCAACUGGAACUUUGAAGCUUGUUGUGUCAGAUGGACUCCACAAGCCAAUGUCCAUUUCUCUGGAAAUCAUGGUUCUUCCAGCAACCACAUGGGCAACCAAUCAGACCAUCUUGGAAAUACCCCAAGGCUUGAACAUGGCUUCACUGUCUCACAAACAUCUUCUAGGGUCUUUAGACCAAGGAGAGCAAAACACCCUCUAUGAACUCAUCAGGGACCCAGAGUAUGGGCAGGUGGAAGUCCAUCAAAAGGCCGUGAGACGUUUUUCACAACAACAGGUGGACAAUGGAGAAGUGAUCUUUACUUUCACAGAUUUGGCCUCCUCCUCCAAAGAUGAAUUUCAAUUCCUUGCCACCUCAGGAGCCAUCAAUAUUUCAGGGAUUGUGAAUGUAACAGUCAAGGCCUUAGUGAAAACCCAGCAGGAGAUUCUUUGGCCCAGAGGAACCACUGUGCUGCUUAAUACCAAUGUCCUUGAUGCACGUGAUCUUGCCGACAGGACAAACAGCACCCCUGAAUUCAGAAUUCUCCAAGCACCUCAAGGGAGCAACUUGGUGAAAGUCUCCAGGGACAACACGGAUCGGCCUGUCUCCAUCGACACUUUUACCCAAGAUGACCUCAAGGAAGGGUUAAUUGGAUUAGAAAUCUGGGAGACAGAAGAUUCAGGGCCAAAUCUCCAAGAGGAUCGCUUUCAAUUUGAAUUGAUUGCAAAAGGUGUGCCCCCUGCCUUGGCCUGGAUGGUGUACACCACUGAGACCUUCAACUCCUCAACCCCCUAUAGGGCCACCUUGAUCAAUAUGCCUGGUCCCCAGGAAAGCAGCCAUAGCUCUACCCCACAGAGCAUGACCUCCCCCUUCCAGACUUUUACAAUCGUGCCUUAUGAAUCCAAAAUGCCCCCCUCUAAUUCCAACAAGUCCCACGUCCUUCCAACAACCAGAUCAGGCCAAGAACCAACAUCUCAGACAGAAAAGAGUUCUCUCCUGGGCUUCAUUGAAGCCAACAUGUUCAGCGUCAUCCUCCCCAUUUGUCUCAUUCUUCUGCUUCUGGCUUUGAUCCUACCUCUGCUUUUCUAUCUCCACAAACGGAACAAAACUGGCAAGCACAAUGUUCAGGGGACGCCACCCAAAUACAAGAAUGGAACGGUAGUGGACCAAGAAACCUUCCGUAAGACUGAUCCUAGUCAAAGCAUACCUCUGACCACCAUCAAUACCUUGGAGGCCAAAGAACCAGGAUCCAACUCAAAGGGACCCGGGCCGGGAAGACAGCAGGAUCCAGAAUUGCUCCAGUACUGUAGGACAUCUAACCCAGCUUUGAAAAACAGCCAAUAUUGGGUUUAAGUACUGGAACCAAAGACUAAACAGCCCAUCAGUUUCUCUGCAGGAUGCCACCAUUUCUUGAAGUUUUCUUUCACCUCAUCCUGCCAUUCCUUCUCCUCUAUCUGCAGAUAUGUAGAACAGAUCAAAACCUUUUUAAGAGUAUGAAGCUUUGGUGCCUUCAAAGAUAUUUAUUCAGUGGGAAUGAUGCCUUUGGAGUAGGGCUGGGCAGCUGUGGCCCCUUUGCAACCUGUGGACUUCAACUCUGGGAGUUGAAGUCCUGAAUCAGCCAUGAUUGGUUUAGGAAUUCUGGGAGUUGAAGUCCUGAAUCAGCCAUGAUUGGUUCAGGAAUUCUGGGAGUUGAAGUCCUGAAUCAGCCAUGAUUGGUUUAGGAAUUCUGGGAGUUGAAGUCCCAGGUUGUAAAGGAACCAUAGUUGCCCAUUCCUGCUUUGGAGGGUAUCAUAAACUACUGAAAGUCUUUAGAAGAACGAAAGCUUUUUUAAAAGAUCUAUUUUUAUGUCCUUAUGGAUGCAACAGAGUCCUCAGGGGUCUGCAGAUGAAAUUUGAGAACCCAAAAGGUAACCAGCCAUGAUAUCCAGAAGCUGGUGGGAGAGGUUUGGGGCAAGAUUCGUUGACUAGAAAAGACCAUUGUGAACGUAUGGAAAAGUGGAACCAUUGCAAAGUAAAAGAUGCAAAAUAGAAAAGGGAACAAGCACCUCUAAAAACACCAUUUACCCUUGUGGAAAAUUCCAGUUUUUGGAAGACCAUGGAAGUGAAAUGGGUUUUACGCAGAAUUUUCAGUCUUCUUUAUCCACACCCUAAAUCUUAGGAAUUAACAGGGUGAUUCCUAAAAGAGAGUUAAAACAUGCAGAUGGCUUAAAAGUUCCCAAAAGACUGUCAGGAUAUUUUUUCUUUCUUUCUUUUUGAGAACUUAAGUUUUCAGUGUUUAGUGAUUAAAUGUCAGUUGAUCCCAUAAGAGAACAAGCGCACUUGAGUGUCUUGUUCCAACAAGCCAAACAUGGCACAGUUCUAGAUUACAUUUGUGUCAUCCUGAAUCACUUGCUCCGGCUCCUGGCAGGAAUUUCCCACAUGGAAAGUUUUUGAAAAGUUGUCUGUAGAAGUUAGUUAGAAAUACCAAGGUUGUUUCUUCCAGUAUAAAGCCUAAAGAGCUUCUAAAGCUGGUUUCAGAGAGAGAAAUAGAUUUCUUUAGUAAAUCUAGAAAAUCUAAGCAAAAGCCAUGGUUGAAAUCUGGAAUUAGAAAUAAGAAUCUAAAAAAAAAAGCAAGAUGAAGGAAGGAAGGAAGGAGGGAGGGAGG